AUGAAUCUUAUGAAUAACAUGGACUCAGAGAACCGGGUGGUUCUGAACGUUGGCGGUAUACGGCACGAGACGUACAAGGCGACGCUCAAGAAGAUCCCGGCCACAAGGCUCUCGAGGCUGACGGAGGCACUGGGCAACUAUGAUCCCGUCCUGAACGAGUACUUCUUCGAUCGGCACCCGGGGGUGUUUGCGCAAGUACUCAACUACUAUCGCACGGGAAAGCUGCACUAUCCGACGGAUGUCUGCGGGCCGCUGUUCGAGGAAGAACUUUCCUUCUGGGGACUUGACUCCAAUCAGGUAGAGCCAUGCUGUUGGAUGACGUACACACAGCAUCGGAACACACAAGAAACGUUGGCUGUUUUAGAUAGAUUAGAUUUAGAUACGGAAAAACCGACCGACGAGGAGGUCGCGAAAAAGUUCGGUUUCGAAGACGCUUACAAUAAGGGCAAGGUGAGCUGGUGGCAGCACCUGAAGCCACAGAUCUGGUCACUGUUCGACGAGCCGUACAGUUCCAACGCUGCCAAGAUAAUCGGUAUCAUAUCAGUGUUUUUCAUCUGCGUGUCGAUCAUAUCAUUCUGCCUGAAAACCCACCCGGACAUGCGCGUCCCCUACAUACGCAACAUCACGGUCAAGACGGCGAACCAGAACACGUCCUGGGUGCUGGACAAAACGCAAACGAACGCGCACAUUGCGUUCUUCUACAUCGAAUGUGUGUGUAACGCAUGGUUUACGUUCGAAAUAAUGGUACGCUUUAUAUCGUCGCCAAGUAAGCUAAGGUUCAUUACGUCAUCUGUAAAUAUCAUCGACUACAUCGCGACACUCAGUUUCUUCAUUGAUCUGAUACUGCAGCGGUUCGCAUCACACCUCGAGAACGCGGACAUCCUCGAGUUCUUCUCCAUCAUCCGUAUCAUGCGGUUGUUCAAGCUGACGCGCCACUCGUCCGGACUGAAGAUUCUGAUCCAAACCUUCCGGGCGUCGGCGAAGGAGCUCACGCUGCUGGUGUUUUUCCUCGUGCUUGGCAUCGUGAUAUUCGCCAGCCUCGUGUACUACGCCGAACGGAUCCAGAUCAAUCCGCACAACGACUUCAACAGCAUCCCGCUCGGGCUGUGGUGGGCCCUGGUCACGAUGACCACCGUCGGGUACGGCGAUAUGACGCCCAAGACGUACAUCGGUAUGUUCGUCGGUGCGCUGUGUGCGCUGGCCGGUGUGCUGACGAUCGCCCUGCCCGUGCCCGUCAUCGUUAGCAACUUCACGAUGUACUACUCGCACACGCAGGCUCGAGCGAAGUUGCCGAAGCGAAGGCGGCGCGUCUGUCCGGUGGAGCUGUCGAGGCCACCCCGGCUGCCAGGUAAUUGCAACACAAGUCAAGCGGGCCCAGGUGUCUGUAACACCGGUUCCGGUAAGCUUCCUUCCUCCAACGCACCAAGCACGGGCAGCAUGGACCAAGCGAUCCGGCGGAUGAACGCCAAUCGAACCAUAACGAAGGACGUUAUACUGCCCAAGAUGGAAACAAAAGAACCGGUGGGUAACGUUUAA